AUGGGUUCUAGCAAUGCAAUCGAGAUUCUCGAUCAAGGUGUCGGGUAUGGAAUACUCGUUGGAUGUGGUGCUUUCUUUGCAGUGAUGAUUCUGUUCUUUGUUAGAUUGACACACAGAUAUCUCAAUGAAGAUGAGAACUCCACUGAGAACUUUAUGGUUGCUGGUAGAAAGGUUGGUGUUGGUUUGACAAGCAGUGCUGUGUUAUCUAGUUGGCUGUGGGCUACAGAGCUUAUCUGGUCUUCUCAGAUGGUUUACAGCUACGGUAUCUGUGCUGCUUACUUGUAUGCUGCUACUCUUUCUGUCCAAAUUGCUAUCCUAUCAGCAGUCUGUGCUGAAUCGAAAAAGAAGAUACCCAACGCCCAUACUUCUCUCGAGGUUAUCAAGCUGAGAUACGGUACUGUAACACACAUCUUGUAUAUUUUCCUGUCCUUGGUCACCAACAUCCUAUCCUGUUCAUCGAUGAUUCUUGGUUCUUCUAAUGUAUUCAUGGCAGUGUGUGGUUUACACCCGGUCGCUGCGAACUUGUUGAUCCCAUUCGGUGUCUUGUGUUAUACUGUGAUUGGUGGACUCAAAUCGACAUUCUUGACUGAUUAUGUCCAUACCUUCAUUGCAGUCAUAAUAUUCAUGUACUUUUCAACUGUCGGUAUUACAAAUGACAAAGUGGGAAGUUUGAGCAAACUUUAUGACCUUGUGGUGGACUUUCAAGAAGAAUCAGGUCUCUAUAUAGAUGGUAACUACCAAGGAUCUCUGUUAACCAUGAAAUCUCAAGGAUCGUGGUAUUUUGGGCUGAUUCACAACAUUGGUGAUAUGGGUUUGACAGUGAUGGAUUCAAGUUUCUGGCAAAAGGGAUAUAGUGCUGAUGUUACUGCGACCGUUCCAGCGUAUAUCAUCGGCUCCUUGGGUGUUUAUUGUAUGAGUUUCCCCAUUGGAACCAUAUGGGGUUUGCUUAACAGAGUGUUUGAGCACACACCUGAGUUUCCACUUUAUCCAAACAGUAUGACCUCAGAUGAUAUCAACAACGCUUACGGCCUAUUCUAUACAAUGGAUGCUCUGUUGGGAAAACCAGCAGUAGGUGCUGGUCUUUUGAGUAUCUUCCUCGCUGUGACUUCAACGGUGAGUGCACAGACUAUCAGUGUUUCUUCCAUUCUUUCGUUUGAUGUCUACAGAGCGUACAUCAAUCCUGAUGCUGGUAACAAGGAGUUGAUUCGUGUAUCUCACGCUGGUGUCAUCUUCUUUGGCUUCUUCGCUGCUGGCUUCAGUAUCAUGUUACACUACGUUGGUGUCUCUUUAACAUGGAUUGCGUAUUUCUACUCAAUGCUGAUCUGUCCCGGUGUCAUUCCAUUGAUAUUCUCUAUUACAUGGUCUAGACAGAGUAAAGCAGCUGUUCUCAUCAGUCCAAUCAUUGGUAUCUUUGCAGGUUUGGGGAUCUGGUUGGGUGUUGCUAAGUCGAUGUAUGGUGCAGUUAACGUUAACACCACCAUCGAACAAUUACCAUGUCUAUACGGUGGACUUGCUGCGCUUUUCCUUCCAGGAGUUCUUUCCAUUCUGAUCAGUCUUGUAAAGCCUGAGAAGUUUGAUUGGAGUGUUCUUCAACAGGCCAAAUUGGUUGAGGAAGAUACUAAACCUGAGGGAGAGCUUGAUGAGAACUCAUCCUCGGAUGAAGUUGAGCCAGCACUACUGAAAGAUGUUAAAGAGGUCGCUACAGAAACAGUCGAGCACCAGCCAGAGCCUGAGAUCUAUAGAAACGGACUCACAAAGGAAGAAUACGGCAAAGUGGCAGAUAAGUACAUCAAAUGGGCAUGGAUUUACGCAGUGGUGAAUGUCCUGGUGACACAGGUCCUCUGGCCAUUGCCUCUCUACAGGAACUACAUCUUCAACAAGCCAUUUUUCGAAGGCUGGGUCACGUUCUCUAUUAUGUGCAGCUAUAUGACUUUCAUUGCUGUUGGCCUGUACCCGUUGUGGGAUGGAAGACACAGUCUCCUAAAGGUUCUUUCUGGCAUUAAGAAUGACCUUUCCCAUGGUGACUGGAAAUUAUGGAAAGAACAGCAGCUUUGAAUACCGCGUUAUGCAUCCAAUAUAUGAUUUCAAUACAGAUCUAUACUGUAGAAUUUGGCUACGCUUACAUGUCCGAAUGCAACCC